AUGGAAUCAAACCAGACUCUUAAAAGAUGGUUUAUAGAAGAAUUUUCUACAAAAGCCAGAUCUUUGUUAAAACUAUUGAAAAAGGAUGAACCUUUUAUUUGGAAAAAACUUCAAGAUGAGAUUUUUAAUUAG